CUUCACUUUUCCUUGUCAUUUUCAUUUUAAUUAUUUUCUCUUCUUUUCCCGAGAUCCAAACAGAUCUCCUAAAUUCCAAAUCUCUCAUCAAACCUCCCCAGUCCCCGCCUUGUUUAAUUCUCCAAACCUUACACAACUUCGCCUUCCAUUUAAAAACCAGAGCACGAGACCAAAAUCCAAAUUCCCUCUCUCUCUCUUGCUAAACUACCAGGCCAAAUGCCUUUUUGGUGGGGAAGAAAACCCGCCAAGAAUAAACAACGACAACACCCACAAGGGGGUUACCCCGAUACGAGCGAGUCUUCGAUCAACAAUGAUUCAAAGAAGAGAGCAAAUGACAAGCGUAACACUGGCUCUGACGACGUCGUAUUUGUAUCGACAAUAUCGCCUCUAAAAAACAGCGGUUCCAGUGGCAGUGGUAGUGAUGGGUCUUUGGCAUUUUCGGGUUUUGAUUCGGGUAGGACCCAGCCCAUUCCACUCCAGCGGCCGUCGGGGAUGGGUCACCGGGGUGGGUACGGGUACGGGUACGGGUCAGGUUCGGUGUCCAGUGUGAGCUCAUCUGGGUCUUCAGAUGAUCGUACUCCUCCUGAUCUUGGACAUUCUCGUACUUUGAGUGCCAAAGGACUUGGGGAGACCAAGCUCAACCCAAUGUCAAGAAGCCCAGGUCCGUGGUCAAGAGGGACUGCUACUGCCAUUUCACCUCUCCAUCUCAGAUUUAGUGGUACAAGUUUGGAGUCUCCGACUAGAAAGCAGGAAGAAGGGAGGAGGCAGUAUCAUCCGCUGCCUCUUCCACCGGGUUCUCCUACUAGCCCUCCUACUUUGCCCAACAUAAGAACUUGUACAGUAACCGAUAACAUGCAUUUUAACGUGUCAAAAUGGAAGAGAGGAAGACUUCUUGGAAGAGGCACUUUUGGACAUGUUUUCCUUGGAUUUAACAGUGAGAGUGGACAAUUGAGCGCAAUAAAAGAAGUCAGGGUGAUUGCAGAUGAUCCGACAUUGAAAGAAUGUCUAAAGCAUCUGAACCAGGAGAUCAUUUUACUUAGUCAGCUUUCACAUCCAAAUAUUGUUCAAUAUUACGGAAGUGAACUGGGUGCUGAUAAGUUAUCCGUUUAUUUGGAAUAUGUCUCCGGUGGUUCCAUCCACAAAUUACUUCAAGAAUAUGGGGCAUUUAGGGAACCUGUUAUCCAAAAUUACACUAGGCAGAUUCUCUACGGGCUUGCCUACUUACAUGGACGGAACACUGUGCAUAGAGAUAUCAAAGGGGCAAACAUUUUGGUAGAUUCUAAUGGAGAAAUCAAGCUUGCAGACUUUGGCAUGGCAAAACAUACAACCCAUUGUUCUCCAAUACGUUCCUUCAAAGGAAGUCCUUACUGGAUGGCACCGGAGGUUGUGAUGAAUACAAAUGGUUACAGCCUUCCGGUGGAUAUUUGGAGCUUAGGGUGCACAAUUAUUGAAAUGGCAACAUCAAAACCACCUUGGAGUCAGUUUGAAGGGGUGAGAUAUAGCUCUCAGAGUCCAUCUUUCUUGCCCUGUAUUGAAUAUGUUUGUGGUACCAAAAUCUUUAGAUUGCUUUUGAGUCCACAGGUGGCAGCAAUUUUUAAAAUUGGAAACAGCAGAGAAAGUCCUGCAAUUCCGGACCAUCUUUCACAUGAUGCCAAAAGUUUCUUAAACCUAUGUUUGCAGCGAGAUCCAUUGGCACGACCUACUGCCUUACAGCUACUAGAUCACCCGUUUGUUCGAGACCAAGUGACCACAAGAGUUGCCAAUGCCGACUUAACCAAGGAAGCCUUUCCUUAUAAUCGUGAUGGAAGUUGCAAACCGCAGACAGCAUUGGAGCUACACUCCAGUGGUAGAAACACAUAUUUUUGCAAUGGAGGCCAUGUUACUACAAUUGCUUUGAUGAGCCCGAGCGCAAGAAUGACCGCGUCUUCGCCCGUGUCUCCUUGUUCAAGCCCAUUCCGACAAUCUGGACCAGCGUACAAGAGGAGUUCUCUGUCUCCUCCCCAGCCACCUCUUGCUUUAGUUGGGCAAAAUGGUCUCAAUUUGAUUGAAUACUGCCCAGGGUUUCGCACAAGAUCCAUGCCCCAGUGCGGUUCUGAGCCAUGGCGUGAAAACUUCCAGUUUACGUCCCAAACUCCCUAUGGAUCCCCAAGAAUAACACGUUUUUGAUGGAGAAUAUCAACACGAACGAGGCCACUUCUGUCACCUCGUCCCUUGAAGGAGUGAAAACAUACAUGGGGUACAAGCAUUUGACAUUUCCUUGGUAUCACUGGCAAAUAGGUUUGGCUAAGUGGUAAACUGUAUAUAGAAACGGAAGAUAUGCUGUCAAUAGAUACGAACACAAAACAAUGAGUGCAAAGGUGCACAAGGAAUAUACAGUAGAAAGAUCAAACUCGAUAUUUGUCGCAAUCCCAGCUCUUGAUUUGAUGUAAAUAAGGAUGGAUCAAGUUGACUGCGGAGGUGGAAAUGUACAGGGGGAAAAAUCAAAUUUGGUAAUUGUAGGAAUCCCAGCUCUUGAUUGAUGUAAAUAAAAAUUAAUCAAGAUGGUUGGAAUUUGUGUU